AGGAACACCACCAGUUUCUCUCAAGUUCGAACAGUGCAUCCUCACCUUCUCUCAUCUUCUCAUUAUCAUAUUCUCCCUCUGAUCACCUCUAAACCCCAUCUCUUUUUGCAAAAUUCGCGAAAAUGGCACCCCAAAAGCUAAAGAUCGCAGCCGCUGGUCUGGGUCGCAUGGGCAAGCGCCAUGCUUUGAACUUCCUGAACCGAACUCCUCGUGCAGAGCUUGUCGCAGCGUUCUCUCCAGACCCCAAUGAGCUCCAAUGGGCAAAGCAACACUUAGAACCAUACGGCGUCACCCUGUAUAGCGACUAUGAGCAGAUGCUUCAACAUCAAGACCUCCAGGCAGUCGUAAUCGGAACCGCAACCUCAGUCCAUGCCGAGGAGGCCAUAAAAGCCAUGGAGAAGAACCUUCACGUGUUAUGCGAGAAGCCACUCUCGACAAAACUUGAAGUCUGUAAGCAAGUAGUUGCAGAGGCUAAGAAGCGACCACACCUGAAGGUCAUGUGCGGAUUCUCUCGCCGCUUCGACGCUUCAUACCGUGAUGCCCGCGACAAGAUAGAUCGCGGUCUCAUCGGACGGCCAGCUGUCGUGCGAAGCCAGACAUGCGACAAGCACGACCCAUCAGGCUUCUUUGUUGAGUACGCCGCGUGGUCGGGAGGUGUCUUCGUUGACAUGACCAUCCACGACAUCGACUUAACCCUAUGGUUCUUCGGCGAUGACGUUACAUUGAAGAGCGUCUCUGCUUAUGGUGUCAGAGCUGUCCAACCCGACUUGGCCAAGCACAACGACUUCGACAACGCGGUUGGCAUUGUAGAAUUCUACAACGGCAAGAUCGCAUACUACUUCUGCAGUCGCAUGAUGGCCCACGGUCAAGAGGACGCGACUGAGAUUAUCGGAACCGAGGGGAAGCUCUCGGUCAAUGCCAACCCGCAAUUGAACUUGGUGAACCACUACCAUUCAGGAGGCAUCACGAGAGAGGUGCCGCCCGACUACUAUGGCAGGUUCGAGAUGGCAUUUGUGCAGGAAUCUAACGAAUUCGUCGCCAGCUGUCUCGACAACACGCCGUUGCCCAUGAAGCUGACCAACGCGGUCAAGGCUGUGGAGAUCGGCUCGUACCUCCAAGAAGCCCUCGUCCAAGGAAAACAAAUCCGUUUCGACGAGGCCGGAAGGCGAAUCGAGGCAGCGAACCUGUAAGGUCAAUUGACAGGAAAUUGCAGGUCUGUUUUGGUGGAGACGUUUUUGAACUCGCUAGAUCAUAGCGAUGAUAUUCGAAUCCCCGAGGUGGAAAGAAUAAGUAUUCAGAAU